AUAAGGCUGAGUGGGUGUGGUCAGGAGCACACACCUUGACUGUCCUCCUCCACAGACACUUCGCCAGCAGCCAUGAGGUUCUUGAUUUUGGUCUCAGCAUUGUUGGCAGCGGCGAGCGCCCUCCCCACCUACUCAAACCCGGGGUGGGUGGUCCCUGCUGGUAGCAUCGGCCUCUCUGGUAUUGUGCGCAGAGAUGGCACCAUCGAAGGCUUCACAGGCGACUUCACCCGUGACAUUGUGGCCAUCGGACCCUCUGGGAUCGUGACCAAGUCUGGAGCUAAUGUGCAGCUCGACAGUAACCUCCACAGGGUGAGGCGAGCUUAUUAUGCUGGAUUUACUCGUCCUGAGGGCAGCGUUGGCUACUCUGGUAUUGUGCGAGCUGAUGGCACCGUCGACGCCUUCUCAGGGGACUUCUCCCAUGAUAUUGUCGCCAUCGGACCUUCCGGUAUCGUGACAAAGUCUGGCAAGAAUGUGCAGCUCGACAGUAACCUCCACAGAGUGAGGCGAGAUUAUGCUGGAUUUACUCGUCCUGAGGGCAGCGUUGGUUACUCUGGUAUUGUACGAGCUGAUGGCACCGUCGACGCCUUCUCAGGGGACUUCUCCCAUGAUAUUGUCGCCAUCGGAGCAUCCGGUAUCGUGACUAAAUCUGGCAAGAACGUCCAGUUGACAUCGGGUCUGUACCGCGUCUAGUGACAUGUUACUGGACACUUCGACAUGCUCACCUCCUGGAUCUGAACGGACCCGCUGGAAUAGUCCUCUCCGACGGACACCUCCUCCAGAAGCCAUCAGAAUAUUAGACCCGACCACAGCGCUCCAGAUGACCUUCCCUUCCCGUCUUGCAGUCGUUGAGGUGCUCCUCUCCAAGAAUCAUACUUUUCUGUGUAAAUGUUUCCUUUACUCUAUUUGAUCACAAUAUGUUCACAUUGUUCAUAAACACCUUAAUAUCUUCUUCACGCCAUCGCCAUAUAUUUGGUGUCUCUAUAAAACAUAUUUUCUUGUCUUAAAAGAACAAUACAAAUAUCAUUAUAAUGUAACUAAAGACAUAUUUUCUGCGAAAUAAAUAGAUGAAAUAUAAA